AUUAUCAUCUCCUAUAAGUUUCAAGUACUGCUUACUGAAUCGUCUUUACCUUUGUCUCUGAGCUGUAUAAGAAGCUCAGCUGACAGCCUGACACCUCCUUCAAAGACCGCUGGAAAGAGAAACGUAGCUACAAUUACGAAGAAAAACCAUGUCUUCCCCAAGCAAACGCCGAGAGAUGGAUUUGAUGAAAUUGAUGAUGAGUGACUACAAGGUAGAGAUGAUCAAUGAUGGCAUGCAAGAGUUCUAUGUUGAUUUCCACGGACCCAUCGAUAGCCCUUAUCAUGGAAGUGUGUGGAGGAUAAGAGUUGAGCUACCGGAUGCUUAUCCUUAUAAAUCUCCAUCCAUAGGCUUUAUUAAUAAGAUCUACCAUCCAAAUGUUGAUGAAAUGUCAGGUUCAGUUUGUUUAGAUGUUAUUAAUCAGACUUGGAGCCCCAUGUUUGAUCUUGUAAAUGUGUUCGAAGUAUUCCUACCACAGCUUCUGCUGUACCCCAACCCAUCAGACCCUUUGAACGGAGAGGCUGCAGCUUUGAUGAUGCGUGACCGAGCUGCUUAUGAACAAAGAGUUAAAGAAUACUGUGAGAAGUAUGCCAAGCCAGAAGACAUUGGCGCUGGCCCAGAAGAAAAGUCCAGUGAUGAGGAACUUAGUGACAAUGAAUCUGAUUCCAGCGAUGACCAAGUAGCAGGCAAAGCAGAUCCAUAGGUGUUCAAGGGAUGUCCUUUAAACUUAAAUCUCUAGUUGUAAAUGGUGUUUUAGCUUUUUGUUAAUUCAUAAACCUGGCUCCAAUGAAUAUAGAAUUGUUCAUAGGUGUGGAGUUUACUGCCUUUAUUUGUUUCCUGUCAUUGUAAAUAAUUGCACUUUCCAUUCAUGCUGUAAUUUUUCAUUUGCUUUGUUGUUGUCGUGGUUUCCAUAAGGGCAUGGUACAGUGCAAUUUCAUUGUGUAAUUGAAAGAAGAUUCUCUCAAGUUUUACAAGAA